AUGAUUUAUCAGAAUAAGGAUAUCGCUUCCACUUCGGCUGCACUGGCAGAUGUCUUCCAUUUGGCUCGUCGCUCUUUGGAGCUCUCUCAGUUGCUAGCUCAAUAUUUCCGGUUGGCAUCCGAAGCCAACAUGAGGAAGAACUUGAAUUUACUUAGCUAUGCCGUCGCAAUGUCUGAUUUGAAGCGCCUUCUGGAAUUAAAAAAAGCGUCAUUUAAUUAUGGUAUAGAGUAG